AUGUCGACCACUUCUCCCUCGACCACUGCCGGCGGCGGCGGCAUCUCCUCGAACCUCGCCGCCGAGAAACGCGCCCAAGCACAAACACAAUCGAUCCACGACUAUCGCACGCACCCCACCACCGCGGCGCCAGACACAGUGAUCCACGCUAAACACUUCUCCUCGCUCGCACUCAUCGGUCUGUGCUACUGCAUCCUCAACUCGUGGACGGCGGCGUCGGCUUCCAUGUCGAUCGCGUUGAUCUCGGGAGGACCCUCGGUGACGCUCUGGGGGAUGGUGGUUGCAUUCGUGGGCGUGAUGGCGUGUGCGCUGUCUAUGGCCGAGAUCUGUCAUGUCUACCCAACGACGGGUGGGCAGUACCACUGGAGCUUCUUGCUGGCUCCUGCGCGGUACCGGUAUGCCAUUGCGUACUUUACCGGCUGGAUCAGUGUUGCUGGUUGGGUAGCGCUCACUGCCACCGCGUCGAGUUUGGCCGGUCAAUUCAUCGUCGGAAUCAUCGCCCUCCUGCAUGAGAACUACGAGAGCAAACCCUGGCACAUCUUCCUCGUCUACGUCGCAUUCAGCCUCGGUGCAUGGACAAUCAAUGCCUUUGGCGUGAGGAUCCUGGACAGCCUCAAUCGGGCAGCGAUGAUCUGGUCGUUGGUCGGAGCGGUGGUCAUCAUGAUCACCUGUCUCGCCCGGGCCACGCCCAACUAUCAAUCCGCCAAAUUCGUCUUUGGCCAAUUCACCAAUUCGACGGGGUGGAACAACGGUGUUGCGUGGAUCCUGGGUUUGUUGCAAGCGGCAUUCUCCCUGUUGGGUUCCGACGGCGCGACGCAUUUGAUCGACGAGAUCGAUCGACCGGCCAUCAACGCUCCUCGGGCUAUGAUCCUCGCCGUAGCCAUUGGGGCUAGCAGCACGUUCAUCGUUCUCAUGGUCUUCCUCUUCGUGUUGAAGGACUUUGAUGCUGUCACCUCGAGCCCUGCCGGUGCGCUGUUGGAGAUCAUCUUCCAAGCAGUGGGCAAUCGCGCUGGAGCCGUAUGCCUACUCAUCUUCCCCGUCGUCAGCAUGGCUUUCACCGCCACAGCCCUCCUCACCACCAGCUCGCGCAUGUCUCAAGCCUUCGCACGCGAUCGUGGAUUGCCCUUCUCCAACCUCUUCGCCAAAAUCUCGACCAAAAACGAGGUCCCCAUCCCAGCCCUCAUCCUCACCACCACCUGGGUCAUCGUCUUUGGUUGCAUCUACCUCGGCUCCACCUCGGCCCUCAACGCCAUCUUGUCCUCCAGCGUGGUGCUGUUGCAGUUCAGCUACAUCAUUCCUAUCGUCCUGCUCCUGGUGCGCGGGAGGAAGGUGCUGGACGACGCCACGCCCGAGAAACGUCACUUUGAUCUCGGUCCACGAAUGGGCCCGGUGAUCAACGUGUUUGCUGUCCUCUUCGUGCUGUUUACAGACGUAUUCUUCUUGUUUCCCCCCGAACUGCCCGUUACAGGAAGCAGCAUGAAUUACACCGUUGUCGUCGUUGCUGUCGUCGCCAUCAUGAGCGGGGCAGCAUGGCUCCUCAAGGGCAGAAAAGAGUUCAAAGGCCCCCUCGAUAUGGACGAGAUCCUGUUCAGAACAAGAGGAUUUGCGCGCUUCGAUGCCGAGGACGCCUCGGCUGCUUCCACGGCCGGUGCGCAGGUGGUGGGCGAAAAGGAAACCUCUUGA